AUGUCUCAACAAACAAUGGCAUUUACAACAACAACUCUGAAAACAACUAUAGCCCUGUCAACAACUACAACUCAAUCUACAACCACAGAGCCACCAACAACUAUAACUAAGACAAACACCACAAUACAGCCUACAAAUACAGCCACUGCUUCACUAACAACAGGCCCCCCUACAACUACAACUCAACCAACAACAACACAGCCUUCAACACCUUCAAAUUCACAAGCAGCCAAAACCCAUUCUACAUUGACCACAACCCUACCUACAACAACCCCAGCUGAAACAACCACCUCAAUCCUGCCUACAAGUACAAGUCAUUUAACUGCUUUAGCCCCUCCUACAACAGCCACAACUAUACCUACAACUAAAUUUCAUCAGACAAACACAACAUCACCUGCAACUAUAUCUCAACAAACAAUGCCAUUUACAACAACAACUCUGAAAACAGCUAUAGCUCUGUCAACAACUACAGAGCCACCAACAACUACAACUAAGCCAAACACCACAACACAGCCUACAAAUACAGCUACUGUUUCAAUAACAACAGCCCCCCCUACAACUACAACUCAUCCAACAACAACCCAGCCUUCAACAGCUUCAACUUCACAAGCAACCAAAACCCAUUCUACAUUGACCACAACCCUACCUACAACAACCCCAACUGAAACAACCACCACAAUCCUGCCUACAAGUGCAACUCAUUUAACUACUUCAGACCCUCCUACAACAACCACAACUCUACCAACAACUCUGAAAACAGCUAUAGCUCUGUCAACAACUACAACUCAGUUUACAACCACAGAGCCACCAACAACUACAACUAAGACAAACACCACAACACAGCCUACAAAUACAACCACUGUUUCAAUAACAACAACCCCCCCUACAACUACAACUCAUCCAACAACAACCCAGCCUUCAACAGCUUCAACUUCACAAGCAACCAAAACUCAUUCUACACUGACAACAACUAUACCUACAACAACCCCAACUGAAACAACCACCACAAUCCUGCCUACAAGUACAACUCAUUUAACUACUUUAGCCCUGCCUACAACAACCACAACUCUACCUACAACUACAUUUCAACAGACAAACACAACAUCAUCUGCAACUAUAUCUCAACAAACAAUGCAAUUUACAACAACUCUGCAAACAACUAUAGCCCCGUCAAAAAUGACAACUUUAACUACAACUCAGACAACAACCACAACACAGCCUACUACUAAAACCACUGCCUUAACAACAGCUCCUCCUACAACUACAACUCAACCAACAACAACCCGGCCAUCAUCAACUUCAACUCUACAAGCAACCACAAACCCUCCUACAACAACCACCACAAUCCUGCCUACAAGCACAACUCAACCAACAACACCAUUUACAACUACAACUCUGCAAAUAUCUACAGCUCUACCUAGAAAUAUAACUCAAUCUACAACCACAGAGCCACCAACAACUACAACUCUGUCAACAACCACAACACAGCCUACUACUAAAUCCACUGCCUUAACAACAGCCCCCCAUUCAACUACAACAAUCACAACCCUACCUACAACAAUCCCUUCUGAAACAAAUGCCACAGCCCCUCAUAUAACAAUCACAACUCUACCUACAACCAUAUUUCAUCAGACAACCACAACAUCACCUGCAACUAUAUCUCAACAAACAAUGCCAUUUACAACAGCAACUCUGAAAACAGCUAUAGCACUGUCAACAACUACAACUCAAUCUACAACCACAGAGCCACCAACAACUACAACUAAGCCAAACACCACAAUACAGCCUACAAAUACAGCCACUGCUUCACUAACAACAGGCCCCCCUACAACUACAACUCAACCAACAACAACCCAGCCUUCAACAGCUUUAAAUUCACAAGCAACCAAAACCCCUUCUACAUUGACCACAACCCUACCUACAACAACCCCAUCUGAACCAAUCAACACAAUCCUGCCUACAAGUACAACUAAUUUAACCGCUUCAGCCCCUCCUACAACAACCACAACUCUACCUACAACUAAAUUUCAACAGACAAACACAACUGCACCUACAACUAUAUCUCAACAAACAAUCCAAUUUACAACAACUCUGCAAACAACUAUAGCCCCAUCUACAACUACAACUCAGACAACCACCACAACACAGCCUACUACUAAAACCACUGCCUUAACAACAGCUCCUCCUACAACUACAACUCAACCAACAACAACCCGGCCAUCAUCAACUUCAACUCUACAAGCAACCACAAACCCUCCUACAACAACCACCACAAUCCUGCCUACAAGCACAACUCAACCAACAACACCAUUUACAACUACAACUCUGCAAAUAUCUACAGCUCUACCUACAAAUAUAACUCAAUCUACAACCACAGAGCCACCAACAACUACAACUCUGUCAACAACCACAACACAGCCUACUACUAAAUCCACUGCCUUAACAACAGCCCCCCAUUCAACUACAACAAUCACAACCCUACCUACAACAAUCCCUUCUGAAACAAAUGCCACAGCCCCUCAUAUAACAAUCACAACUCUACCUACAACCAUAUUUCAUCAGACAACCACAACAUCACCUGCAACUAUAUCUCAACAAACAAUGCCAUUUACAACAGCAACUCUGAAAACAGCUAUAGCACUGUCAACAACUACAACUCAAUCUACAACCACAGAGCCACCAACAACUACAACUAAGCCAAACACCACAAUACAGCCUACAAAUACAGCCACUGCUUCACUAACAACAGGCCCCCCUACAACUACAACUCAACCAACAACAACCCAGCCUUCAACAGCUUUAAAUUCACAAGCAACCAAAACCCCUUCUACAUUGACCACAACCCUACCUACAACAACCCCAUCUGAACCAAUCAACACAAUCCUGCCUACAAGUACAACUAAUUUAACCGCUUCAGCCCCUCCUACAACAACCACAACUCUACCUACAACUAAAUUUCAACAGACAAACACAACUGCACCUACAACUAUAUCUCAACAAACAAUCCAAUUUACAACAACUCUGCAAACAACUAUAGCCCCAUCUACAACUACAACUCAGACAACCACCACAACACAGCCUACUACUAAAACCACUGCCUUAACAACAGCUCCUCCUACAACUACAACUCAACCAACAACAACCCGGCCAUCAUCAACUUCAACUCUACAAGCAACCACAAACCCUCCUACAACAACCACCACAAUCCUGCCUACAAGCACAACUCAACCAACAACACCAUUUACAACUACAACUCUGCAAAUAUCUACAGCUCUACCUACAAAUAUAACUCAAUCUACAACCACAGAGCCACCAACAACUACAACUCUGUCAACAACCACAACACAGCCUACUACUAAAUCCACUGCCUUAACAACAGCCCCCCAUUCAACUACAACAAUCACAACCCUACCUACAACAAUCCCUUCUGAAACAAAUGCCACAGCCCCUCAUAUAACAAUCACAACUCUACCUACAACCAUAUUUCAUCAGACAACCACAACAUCACCUGCAACUAUAUCUCAACAAACAAUGCCAUUUACAACAGCAACUCUGAAAACAGCUAUAGCACUGUCAACAACUACAACUCAAUCUACAACCACAGAGCCACCAACAACUACAACUAAGCCAAACACCACAAUACAGCCUACAAAUACAGCCACUGCUUCACUAACAGCAGGCCCCCCUACAACUACAACUCAACCAACAACAACCCAGCCUUCAACAGCUUCAAAUUCACAAGCAACCAAAACCCCUUCUACAUUGACCACAACCCUACCUACAACAACCCCAUCUGAACCAAUCAACACAAUCCUGCCUACAAGUACAACUAAUUUAACCGCUUCAGCCCCUCCUACAACAACCACAACUCUACCUACAACUACAUUUCAACAAACAAUCCAAUUUACAACAACUCUGCAAACAACUAUAGCCCCAUCUACAACUACAACUCAGACAACCACCACAACACAGCCUACUACUAAAACCACUGCCUUAACAACAGCUCCACCUUCAACUACAACUAAACCAACAACAACACAGCCUUCAACAGCUUCAACUCUACAAGCAACCACAACCCCUCCUACAACAACCACCACAAUCCUGCCUACAAGCAUAACUCAACCAACAACACCAUUUACAACUACAACUCUGCAAACAACUACAGCCCUAUCUACAAAUAUAACUCAAUCUACAACCACAGAGCCACCAACAACUACAACUCAGCCAUCAACCACAACACAGCCUACUACUAAAUCCACUGCCUUAACAAUAGCUCCUCCUACAACUAUAACUCAACCAACAACAACCCAGCCUUUAACUACUUCAACCACAAUCCCUCCUACAAUAACCACAGCCCUACCUACAACAACUCAAUUUAAAACAACCACCACCAUCCUUUUUACAAGUACAACUCAGUCAACAACUACAACCACAAUCCAGCCUACAAAUAUUGUCCUUGUUAGGUUUUCCAGCAAUGAAGAUUUUGAUCUUAAACUUUUAAACACGUCUUCAGAUGUUUUUAAAAGACGAGAAAAAAGAGUCCAAGAUGAGUUUGUGCCAAUCUUUAACAAAGCAUUCAGCUCCUUCAUUGGAUUGACAGUAAUUCGGUUCAGUGCUGGAUCAGUCAUCACAGAUAUGAAUUUACAAUUUGGCAAAUUACCAAGUGAUGCAGAAAUCAAAACCAUUAUUUUCACUGCUAACACCACUUUAAACAUCACCAGUGUAGUGGUAAGGCCGAAUCCUGACUCUACAACGACUACCAAACCCAAAACAACUACAACCAAACCCACAACAACUACAACCAAACCCACUACAACUACAACCAAACCCACUACAACUACAACUAAACCCACAACAACUACAACCAAACCCACUACAACUACAACCAAACCCACAACAACUACAACUAAACCAACUACAACUACAACCAAACCCAAACCCAAACCCACAACAACUAUAACCAAACCCACAACAACUACAACCAAACCCACAACAACUACAACCAAACCCACUACAACUACAACCACAAGACCACUACGCCCUCCUCCAACUGUAGUCUUAGAAGUCAUCAUUAUAAUACAGUUUAUUAAAAACUAUGAAGACCCGAAAUCUCCAGAAUUUAAGGAUCUAGCAAAAAAAGUUGAGACUGGGUGUAAUAUAAUCUAUAGAAAAAGGUUUGGAACUCUUUUCAUCAGGACCAUUGUGAUUUCUUUCAGACGUGCUACCAGAAUCCGAGCGGCAGACAAUGUGGAUGUGGAGCUCGAGUUAGUGUUUAACCAAACCUCCACUGAACCCAUCCCAAGUAACAAUGACAUUGUCACUACUCUACAAACAGCAGUUACAGCUCAAGACCCCAGCUUAAACAUCUCUUUUGUUGCCAGCUCUAUUGUUGUUGUCAGAGAACUUCAGAAGAUCCCAGUGACUAUCUCCACAAAUGGCACCUUUGUGGCUGCUCUCUCAAAUUCAACUUCAACUGAAUUUCAAAACAGAGCACUGGUUAUAAAAACAGCACUUGAACCUUUUUUCAUCGCUGAUUACCCUUCAUCAUUCAGCACUUUAACCUUAACAAGCUUCAGUGAUGCCACUAAAUUGAAGAGUGUGCCCACGAUUCAAAACUCCAUGGACCUCUCAUUUGUGGCGAACUCCACUCUACCCAACAGUACACAGUUAGUGAGAACUAUAGUCCGAGCAGCCAACAGCUCAUUGCCCUUCCAGAUCUUCACUUCUCAAAUUGUGAUAAAUGGCACAGCAUUUUCAUCCAGUGAGGUCACCAGCAGGAUCAGUGUGUCGACUGCGUCAAUCCUGGUUGCCGUGUCAAUUCUGGCCUCAUGGUUUGAUUGAUCAAAGCCAUAUAUGUGCUUCGACAUUACUGACUCUGACAGGUCUGCCUUUCAUACCUGCUCACAUGAAGGAAUCAUGAAGCUACUGAAUGAGUCGUAUUCUACUGCCUCUUACAUAUUUUACAUAAUCUUGCUGAAAAAGAAUCCUUGAAGCUACGAUGGAUUUCAUUUCAGCUCUGGCUCCAUACAUGCCGGCACACAUAAAUGGAAUAUCCAACAUGAUGGAACUAUCCCAGAAAUGUUCUACUUUACAAGGACCAAGGAUGUUUAUACAGUAAAUACAAAUCUGAAGUAUGCAGAAAUACAUAUUCAAUUUGAGCACUGAUUCUAGAGACAUGGGAUCAAACAUUUCCUACAACUUGCCAUUAUAUUUUAAAAUUGCUACAUUUCCCCUGUAAAUCAAAUUUGAUCAAAUUUAUGACAUUAUCAACCAUUACCCCUAAACCCACCUAUCCUUAGGCCAUAACUCAAUACUUAAUAAAAAUGAAUAUAUAUAUAUAUAUAUAUAUAUAUAUAUAUAUAUAUAUAUAUAUAUAUAGUCAACACUGUCAGAUAUUUAUGAUAUUUUUUGAGUGCUCAUUUUUCAAAGUCUGGUGAGUCUUAACCAUGAUAUGUCAACUCCGCCACCAAAACUGAAAAGAUAUUGUUAGGGAUUUUUAAAUCAUUUCCCUCAUUUAAAUAGGAAAUGUUAUUAGUAGCUAGCAACACCAGAAAAAUAAAAUGGCUAAUGCAUUUUACACGUGUGAUGUGCAAAAUAUGAUUUUUGACAAUUCAAUAGACUGGUGCCAAAAGCAGCUCAGAUUGAUACAUUUUUAAACACAGGUUGUACAGGUCCAUCCAAAACAAUUCCUUAAUGCAGUUUUUUUCUUCUUCUUCAAUUUUGUCACCAGUUGUGUCACAGUACACAAGAAUCAGCGCUAGAAGAAAAAGUAAUGUCACUUUUAAUGUCACUUGAAUCAUUUAAAUUAGGGAAGAGGCUGUGCCUCCCCUCCUGGCCCAUACACACAUAUUUGUAAUGUUUUUCAAAUGCAACACACACAAGCCAGCUUUGUAAUGGAAAACAUUCAAGGUGUUGUAUUUAUGCUUGAUGACUCUGAAGAGUCUGGGACGAGCUUUGAGAAGAUAAAAGAUUAAUUAUUUCAACCAUGAAACCUGUAGAACAACUCAGAAGAAAUAAAGUUAGUCAAAGGAUAUGACAUCAGAAAAGUCUGGAGUGAAAAAAAGAUGGUCUGGCAAUAUUACAAAUCAACAAAACAACCUGUUUUGACUUGUUAUUCAUCUUGACAACAAUAGACCAGAUUAGGCUCAUUAGUUAGAUACAUAAUUUUGACAAAUCUAAAUUCUUCAACAAUUGUCUGGCUAAAAUCAUCCCCAUCCAUAAAUUACUUAAAUGAGUUAUUUAAAUGUAUAUAUUUAAUUGAUGUGUUUAUCCAUAGCGGCGUACAGUGCAUUUAACAUCUACAUCAGCUGAUGUUUCCUGAGAAUCAAACCUGUGAUGUUGACACUUAUUUAUUUUCAGAUUCUGAAAAAGUAGCAAUCUAUUACAAAUUAUAUUGUUGUUAAACUCUUUUUCUGAUGCUAAUUUAAUCCUAAACUCAGGGCUUUCCUUUGAAUUCAAAAUAUAUUGUUGGUUGAUGUAUUUCACGCUAUUUCACGUAAACAACAUAAUGGGCCCUUUUGCAUUCAAGAGAAAUGUAUGAUCACGAGAUAGUAAGACUAAGUCUCAUGUUAGAUUAUUAUUUAUAUAUACUGUAUAUAUAUAUAUAUAUAUAUAUAUAUAUAUAUAUAUAUAUAUAUAUAUAUAUAUAUAUAUAUAUAUAUUUGUAGUGGGAGUUUGUGGUAAAUACAAAUAAUCAUUAACCUGCAAUUUUCAGUCAUCGUGUUAUAUUAUACAGUCAUGGAAAAAGUAAAAUAUAGAACUCUUCUGGUCUGGAAAUCAAUAAAAUCUUAAAAAAAUCAA